UUUCAAACUGACAGGACGCCAGAAGACAAACAGAACAGUAUUGAGUGUAACAAGGAAAAUAUUGUAUUUUCUUGUAGGAAAAAAAGUGUCUUGGCAGAUUGCUCUGAAGUGUAAACUGCAGAACCAGAAAUAUGGACCUUCUUGCAAGGUUAAUGCUACAAUUGUUGUGCAUACAAGAGAUUUAUUUUCCUGUACUUGGUGAUGUCUGGAAGGUUAAAGUUCUUCCCCAAAUGGAUGCUCUGACCAGUUCCUGUGUGGUGAUACCUUGUACUUUUCAAUAUCCUGGUGAAAGGAAGUCUUCUGCACGAGUGAGAGCUAUUUGGGAAGCAAAAGACAGCACAAGAAGUAACCCAAAAUACAUCUAUCACAAUGACGUAACACAAGUGAUGGAUAGUUUUCAAACACGCACAAGGAUAGUUGGAAAUUUAGGGGAUCAAAAUUGCACCUUGGAGAUUGAUAAAGUUCAAACCCAUGAUGAUGGACCAUUCUGUUUCAGGGUUGAAUUAGAAAAUACAGACAAAUAUUCUUUUACGGAUAACUGUGUAACUUUUCAAUUUAAGGAAAAUCCUGAAAAACCUGUCUUGGUUCAUGAUGCAAAAGCUUAUGAGGGAAGUGCCUAUGGGGUCACUUGUACAGUGAAGCACACCUGUCCUACACACCCCCCUAAUCUCACUUGGAGCCGUGAUGAUGCAAAGCCUGUUGUUUAUCACAAAAAUAAUGGCUUUGGCAAUUGGGAAGUGACAUCCUUGCUGACAUUUGUACCUUCAGCCAAUGACCAUGAUGAGGAUUUAAGCUGCACUGCUCACUUUUGGGGACAGAGGACAGAAGUGAACUCUAUGACUUUAAAUGUGAAACAAAAACAGAACUUCCUGCACAUUAUAGUCCCUGUUAUCGCUGUGGUGCUGAUAGCUUUGAUACUUGGGGGUCUAUACAAGUGGAGGAGGACUCAAGACAAAGAACGUCCAGAGAUUCCUGAGCGUCCUUCACGCCAGCCUCACGACAGAGAACCCGAGCACCCCUCACGCCAGCCUCACAACAGGGUCUCUUUCUGGAACAGAAUUUCAUAUAGGCAACAGAAGAAUUCUGGUGGCAGGCAGCCUCCCGUCAAUCACAAAGUUAAUAAUGUAGACUUAAGCAGUGGAAAGUGCCAGACAAAUAAAGUUUCCAAACCACCUUUCCCUUCUCCUAAAAAAAUCGACAAGAAACCUGUUUUUUUUCCAGACAGUCAGUGUGAUUUUUCCAGGCACAAUGUUGGAUAUACAGAGGAAGAUGAUGACAUUCCUGAUUAUGAGAAUUCUGCGACUAUGGGAACCAGUUAUGACAACAUUUAUGCCAACAUGUAGAUGGGCAAGAACUUUCAAGAAGAAAGAUUAGAACCGACAAUCAAACUGUUUCCAGCUCACAAAAAUAAAUCACCAAGAGAUUAUUUUUUUGUCAUCAUUCUACUUCUACUUUAGCAUUCAACUGUCUAGAUAUUCCAUGAGAUAUUUUAAAAUGUUAACCUGUGUAACUACUGUAUGUACAUACCUACGUUAUGUUUGCCUUGCAGAGAGAACUGUGUAUCUAUGAUCAUGUCCUAAAAUUCAUAGACUAAUAGGUAUAUUAGUUACCUCAGAACUCACCAGAACUACAGGUAAAGAUGGGCUGUAGGUGUUUAGAACUCUUUCCAUUUGCUGCACAGAAAAAACAUCCUGUAUUGAAGCUUCCUUCCAAUCCAUGAACAAUUAAUAGAAGAUAUUGUACAAUGCUCUAACACUUUACUAAUCAUAUUGUUAUAAAAACUGUAUUGUGAAGAAUUAGUAUUUUGGUAACCUGUGCUAAAUAAAUUAA